AGAACGUGCUCACCCUUGAGUAACUGUGCCCGAACUUCCGGUUUGUUGUCUUGUCAACAGGCAUAAAAGUUCGUAAACUGGCGGUGGGACCUUUGUUCUGCUAUAGCCAAUGGAUAUUGAAUCAUAACGAUGCAGAUGCAUGGUGUGCAUCUCCUUAACGAUUUCCCUUCAAAGAUAACCUCCCCCUCAAGGAGACUCAUACUGAGAUUUCGAGGCCAUAUCGCUCGCUUCUACAUCCAUCAGCACAACCGCCUUAGAGGGCUAUUCGAAUGCAAAAACUAGACCUGCUACGAUGUAAGACCGACAUCAUCAUCGCGGUCGUUCCGAACAAUACUGCCCACAACCUCGCGCAACGAGUUAACAUGUAUCUCAUUUUAUAUCGCAGGAUAAACAACGACGGUGCGGAAGUGGUGUUUUCGGGAACCAAAGUUUGGCCAAUCCAGAGCAAUGGUAGAAGCCAAGACAUCAUUACCCGAUUAGCUAUUCAUACUGGUUUGCAUCGAGAAAUAAGCGCGGGAUAGAACAUCAUUAUAGCGGACAACGCUCAGUAGAAGCUCUAGUCCGUGAAAUGGCCUAUCAUAUGUAGGUAUUUCGGGCUGAAGGGUCACCAUAAACAGGCCAGGCGAGGGCCCCACAGCUUUCCUGCGUGAACAUCAGGAUGAAUGUUUGGCCAUGGAGUAUAGCCCACAGACAGGUUAUCUGUUGGGUGGUAACCUGGAGCAUUUCACAUGUCCCUCACUUUCUCAAACCCCAAACCAACUUCGAUAGAUCGCUGGGUCUUACUAAGACGCACCAGGCAUAAGGAGAUACUAAAGAGGAAAGAGGCAUGCAGAGGGCAUGACAUGCGGCAUACGAUAGAUUCAAGAAGGCCCGAAUCAUUCCAUGAGCGAUAGCCUUUCUAGAACCC